CAUGGAGGCUGUAAGUCGUGUGUGACUUUUGAGAGCGAGAAAUGUGGCCGGUUGUAUUUGUAAGACAUUGUGUUUGUUAUGGUAUAAAUGAGGAAGCUGUAAAAUUGGUUUACAUGCUUAAAUCAACUUAGGUUUUCUGUCACUGGAGUGUCCUAUGGAGGGUUUAGUAAGUGAAUUACCUCUACUUCUAGUAAUUUUUUUUAAAUCAGAGUAUAGUUUACGCAAGGUGUAGCAGCAGUUAGUUACGUCUGUUUCAUCUUGAAGUUUCGUGCAUUUUGCAUUAUUAGACAAGGAAGUGCGCUGCAUUAACAGGGAUGUCAUGCUUUAAACCUCGAGGAAAUUUCCGGAAGACAAGCAGCGUGAAAUUUUGCAUUAACUUUUUUCCCCUCCUUGACCGAAAUUAUUCGGAAUAAUUGAAAUCGACUGAAUUGGACGAAAAGAUCGAUGCAUGUCGGGCAGGGUCACUGGGGACACCGACUUAAUUUGAGUUGCAGCUGUAUAGGGAUCAGAUUCGCUCGAGCCAUUUGGGUUUUCCAGUCAAAAUGCUGCUGUCUCUGGUCGUGCACACGUACUCGUUGCGGUACUGGCUUCCAGCAGCGGUGAUGCUGGGCACCGCUCCUGCUUAUCUGCUGUCCUGGAGCGCCUGGCGGCUGCUGUCCACUUUGCUACCGUCCAGACUCUAUCACACUGUGGAUGACUGUGUGUAUUCAGUGUAUCAGAGUAUUGUCCUGUUCUUCUUUGAGAACUACACGGGAGUGGAGAUUGUCAUUUAUGGGGACAUACCAAAGAAGGAGAAUGUGGUUUACCUGUCAAACCAUCAAUCCACAACUGAUUGGAUCAUUGCUGACAUGUUAGCCAUUCGACAAAAUGCACUUGGACACGUAAGAUACGUUCUGAAAGAUGGUCUGAAGUGGCUUCCUUUGUAUGGAUGGUAUUUCUCACAGCAUGGAGGUGUGUAUGUGAAGAGAAGUGCCAACUUUGAUGAGAAAGCCAUGAAAAAGAAAUUAUCUUCUCAGGCCAAACUGGGUACACCUAUGUAUCUUGUCAUCUUUCCAGAGGGAACCCGCUACAACCCUGAGUUCCAGAAAGUUAUCAAUGACAGUCAGGCUUUUGCUGCUAAAGAAGGACUUGCUGUGCUGAAGCACGUUUUAACACCAAGAAUGAAAGCAUCACAUGUUGCCAUUGAGACUAUGAAGGAACACCUGGAUGCUGUAUAUGACAUAACCGUUGCAUAUGAGGGAAAACUCACAGCAGCCGGCCAGAGACAUCCAGCUCCUACAAUGCCAGAGUUCCUGUGCAAGGAAUGCCCCAGGGUGCACAUCCACUUCAACCGCUUGGACAUGAGGGAAAUUCCUGUGGAGCCAGUGUUCUUCCGCAGAUGGCUACAUGAAAGAUUUGAAAUCAAGGACAAGCUACUGACCACUUUCUAUGAUUCUGAAGACCCUGAGAAAAAGUGCAGGUUCCCUGGAGAAAGCCAAAAGUCGCCUCUUAAUCUUACAAAGACAUUGCCUUCUCUGUUGAUUUUGGGUGGCCUCACUUUACCAAUGCUGUUAACAGAGUCAGGUAGAAAACUCUAUUUCAAUACCUGGCUCUAUGGGACUCUGAUUGGAUGGGUGUGGGUAAGUUUAAGUCCAUAAACUAACCAUACUGAAAAAAAAAUCCAUUCUGACCACUCAGAUAACACAUUUAAUCCAACAUCAUUGGAUUCUUCAAUUCUCACCAUAGUUUCUUUUUGGCUCAUAGUAUACUACUAACCAAGAGGCUUUUUUAUUGUUUUUCAUUUGUUUUAUUUCAUACUCUUAACUGUCAGCAGGUAAACAGUAACAUUGUGUCUGCACUGCAAACAAAUAUGAGAUGCAAAAAACUAAAACGUUCCAUUUGUCGGCAUAAUAUGCUUGCAGCACUGUAGACAUAUUCCUAUUUUGAUUUAUAAUAGGAAUGUUUCAGUUUUUUGUUUGAUGUCAUCAUUCAUGAGGGUUUACUCACAUUUUACUCACAGGUUAGAGUUCAACUCUAAUCUGAAAUACACAAAUGGAUAACAAUAUGUAGCACAGAUACAAUGUUUUGUAUUAAUGUUGAGUUAAUACCAUAGCAGUCUUGAAACAUUUGUCGUUUAACCAUAUCAUUGGCCUUGUGGAACCACAUGUGUUUAAAUUUCCAGUAUGCAAGGUUUUUUUUUUUGGUUGGUUUUUUUUUUUUGGUAUGAUUUGUGUGGUUCUGAAUAUGGUUUCUAACAUCAAUUGUGUAUACAGGGUCUGUAUUUCAUCAUGAUGUUCUUGAGAAUAUUUGGGGUAUUUUAUUAUUUUGUGCUGAUUUUCUUUGUGUAAUGCAGGUAAUUUUUGUUGGUUAUGCAUUGGAUUUUGGAUGUGUCCAUCAGUUAUAUUUUUAUUUGAUUUGAUGCCAAGAUCUAAAAAGCCUGUCAGAUAUGGGCUUUUUAUUGUAAGCAUUUGCACUGUUGCUAAAUAUUUCACAAAUAGUUGCCAAAAUUCCUGGUUGCAGGGGUAUUAAAUAUUGU